CGCAGGUGUCACAGUGACUCCGAGUCAUUUCGUUCCCGAAUGUUUCCAGACUUGAUCCUUUUCGUAGCUGCCAGCAAACCGCUGCGUGUAAAUAAAUAAGCCCCUACACACCGCUGAAUUCUGGAGAUAAUCUUUGGAUUUCGCUACAAACUAUUAACGGAUCACCAUUGUUCUGGUUCAGUCCUAUCUAAUCCCGAAUAUGACCGAAAUAAAAUCAUUUUUAAGCGACUUCAAUAUGUUUUUUUUUAUUUUAUUGGUGUCAAAAGCCGCGUUAAGUUACAGCAGAGGGAAGAAGAAGAGCACAAAUCAUGUGAACGAAGCAGGAAACUCAGAAACCAAACUGGAGGAAUUAAGUUAGUAAGUCGAUUUAAUUAUUUAUAAACGAAGUGAAGAAAGUUUAACUUAACAGCAAAAUAAAUUACAAAAACUUUUACAAUAAUUUAAACUGGUAGUAGUUUUGUGAUUAAGAAAAAAACAUGUCUGAAAUAGUAAAACAAUAUUUCCCUGCUCCAACAGCUAGGGUGCGCUGCUCAUUCGAAAGUUUAGCUUGCUAGCAAACUUGAAUUUAGCGCGUUGCUAAAUUGGAUUAAAAACAUUUUAAAUCUAUUCAAAAAUGUUGGAAUGUAAGCUGUUAAAUGAGAAGCUCGGAUUGCUAGCAUGUUUGAGUUUAGCUUUAGUAAUACUAGCUGUCUUUAUAAAAGUUUUAAAAUCUACUUUAUAGCUGUUGCAUAUAACUCUUUCUGAAAAAUGACGCUAAGAUUCGCCACUUAUUGCAAACACUGGACCAAGGUUAACAAACUCAGCUUUGAAGCAUGUUUGACUUCAGCAUUAUCUCUGGUGCUAAUCUAGUUAAAGUUGGAUGCAAGCUUUUUAAAAUCUAUUCCAACAUGGUGGAAUGUAAACCACUUCUCUUACAACAACCAUCCCUUAACCACGAAUACCUCGGGGAUGAGGAGAUUAGUUUGCUAGCAAGUUUAACUUUAGCAUUAGCGCUGGAGCUAAACAAGUUAAAACUGGAGUAAAACACAAAACCUUUCCCAAUCAUGAGUCUUUUUUAUUUUUUAGAAAGUUGAUAUUCAUAAUACAGUAGAUAAAUAUUAUUUCACAAAGUAAUAAAUCAGAAUAACAGUUAACUGGAUUAGCAUCUUCUAUUUUAAUGUUUUAACGGGAUUUAUUAUGAUAAUAAAGAUGCUAUUAUUAGAGUUUCACCAUUGUUAAAUGAUAAUUAAAAAAACUUGGUACACUUCAGAUAAAUUCAUUUUUUAGUGUAAGAAUUGACACACGGUCGGUAAGAAAUGACCAGCAGCCAUAGGAAACGUUAGCUCUGGUAUUUAAAUAGAGGCUGACUAGUCGGGUUUAUUAAGCGUGAAUUAUGUGGCAGAAACACGCCAGCGACGCCGCUUCCCUCCGGUUUUAGAUGCGGAUAAUAAAAAGAAAGCAGAAUACAGCGGAAGUGUUUUUGGCUCCAGCUGCAUUUCAGCCGCCAUCCGGAGGAAUUAGCAGCAACAGGAGAAAGAGACAGACGGGGGGAAAGUUUUCCAGGCCCUAAUUGAGAAAGAAUACGUUUCAUUCAGCAAAGCUUGUUCUCCUAGUGGCAUGUGUGCGCGCCGCUUGGGUCUGGCGCCUGAGCUCAGCUGGCGCAGCAUGCCGCAGAAAAACAAAAAAAAAUAAAAAUCCCUGCAUUGCUCCGGUCUCUCCCUGACAGCCCACCGCCGGUCAGUCUGUCAGGACGAUUUCACAUCGCCUCGCUGCACAGCUAACAGGCUAACAGCCCCACAGCAUGACACCUCCUACACCAUGCCCAGCCGGAGACAUGAGGAGUUUCUCCAAAUAUGCAACUGAGACUCAGAACUCAUCUGAAGUGCUUGCUGCUGAACGAUCUCAGCACAGGCCGGGCCAAGGCAUACGCAAACAUGGCUGCUGCUGCUACAGGCGUGCCAAACGGCAUAUCGUUUCCGAUCUUCAUUUUUAACAAAAAUUGAGCAGGAAAAAAAAAAAAAAAAAAAAAUCACUUUGAGCAAAAAUUGACUUAUUAUUUUAGUAAGUUGACGAUAUUUUAGUAUCAAUCUGAUGCCAAGUAAGCAUAGGGCCAGUAUCCCUGAUUCACAUACUGAUAUUUAUUCAUGACAUAUCAUCAAAUUCCAGGUGUUUUUGUGGUUAUUUUUUUAUUAUUUUCUUCAAAUAUUGCAUGGAACUUAGAAACAGUUUAUAAAAAAAUACUUUAAUAUCAUAUUAGCAUUAUAAACAGAACACCAGAAAAACAAAAAACUGUUUGUGUUCUCAUAAAACUUUGGACACCAAAUGACUAAAUCAGAGAAAUAAAACUUUUGACACUGAAAAAAAAAUUAUCGAGUAUUUUGGUUCAGUUCCUAGUCCAAAUAUUUUAGUCCACCUUAAAUAAGACAAACUAACUUACAGCAAACUUUGUAUUUAGUCAAUAAUUAAUUAAUAUUGACGAAAAAGGUCUAGUUCCACAUGCAGAUAUUUUCACUAAUAACUUGGGGAAAAUCUCAUGUUACUUCAUAAAAGUAUCACCUGGUGGAACCAGAACUGGGUUGCUAGGAAACGGUCCAGGCUUGGCUGGGGUUGCUAGGUAACGGCACGGUGCCUGCCAAUUGUGAAAUACGUGAGAGAAUCUGUGUAUCACUCAGGCUUGAUCAAUUUACUUAAACUGAGCUUUUACUUCUGCUGUAAGUUAGUUUUGUCUUAUUUGAAGUGAACUAACUAGUUUGAGCUAGAAACUAAACCAAAAAUACUUGGUAAGAUUUUGUGUUUUUGCAGUGCACUAUUUGUAUUCUCACAUUUAUGUAAUAAAUAACAGUCAUUUGCUUAUUCGUUGAAAUUAAAAUCUGAUCAGGGCCAAACGUUUCUCUAUUUUGACUCUAAUAGAUUAAAAUAAAACUAAUAAUUUAGUCAAAAAGAAUAUUUAAAAUAAACAAAAUUUCAGUCAAAUUUGUGACUUUUAUGGGAAUUGUAAACAAAAGGAUUUAAAGACAUCUUCACAUGUUAAAGGUGGAAACUGAGGUGGUCAAUCAAUAGGAAGACUCUAUUGUGUUACUUUUAUAUUUAUUCUAGUACCGUAUUUUCCGGACUAUAAGCCGCUACUUUUCUCCCAGGCUUUGAACCAGGCGGCUUGUAGCCCAGUGUGGCUUUUCUGUGGAUUUUUCUUCCACCACCAGGGGGCUCUGUAGCCUGAAGUGAAUCAUUGGAAAUCAAAAUUGGAAAUCAAAGAAGAAAAGUGCUAAUUUCAUUUAAAACAAGCACAUGCUAGCAGUAGGCACGACGGAGAAAUGUUUUCAGACCCAUUUCCCCUCUUCAUGGAAACCGCAGGAAGACGUUCAUAUGAUGCAGCUUUUAAGUUGAAGGCUGCAGAUGCGGCUAAUUAUGAGGAUCCAGAUUUAGAAACUUCCUGUGGCUUCCUGAGGUCCCGAUGCGUGAGGCCCCUCGCAGGCUUCCUGCUUCUUCCCCGUGAAACUCAGGCGUUGCGUCGGGACGAUGGAGCGCGGCCGCCUGCUGUGCGUCCUCCUGCUCUGCUUGGUGGACAGCGUGGCGGUCCGAAGCCCCCAGAGCAGAACCAAAGAUCUUCGUGCAUCCAGGCCUCUUAUCAUACCAGGGUAUCCGGAAAACACCACAGUGGUGGUUGGUGGCCAAGUGAAACUCUUAUGCAAAGUCCACAGGCCGGUAUCUACCAAAGUGCAGUGGCUGAAAACAGAUUCUAGCAGCUCCGGACAAACCGAAGCAGGACCGCCUCGCAUCAAGGCCCUGACACCGCUGAAAGGUAAUGGCUCCAAGGUCAGCACCCUCCAUCUGCCCAAUGUCACUAUGGAGGAUGCAGGCGAGUACGUCUGCAUGGCCGAGAGCGUCCAGGGGGGGCGGACAGCUCAGGCCAUGCAGUCAGCAUGGUUGGAAGUCCUGCCUGGUGCCAUCAAAUCCAAAACUGUAGAAGUGACUGCUGCUGAAGUCCAACCAGAGGUUCCUCAGGACCUUAGUGAGGACACCACUGAAAAUCUCCUGCUGGAGCCAGGAAACAUUGUGAAGCUGCGCUGCGAUACGAACACCCGGCCGGGCGUGGCGCUCCACUGGUACAAGGAAGGGGUCAGGCUGCUGCCCACACCCCGCAUCCAGGUGCGUGGUGUCGUCAUGGAGAUCACAAGUGUGACGUACGAGGAUUCAGGAUCGUAUGCUUGUGUUCUUCGGGGAACUAAAAAUCCUGUGAGGAAGUUCACAAUCACUGUGGCAGACAUGCCAGGAUCAGGAGACGAUGAUGAGGACGACGGCUUGGAGGAUUCAUCUGCUGAAACUGAAAAGGACCAAGUUUACUUCUCUAGAGGACCCUAUUGGACCCACACCCAUCGUAUGGAGAAGAAGCUGUAUGCCGUUCCUGCAGGAAACACUGUGAAGUUUCGCUGCCCUGCUAUGGGGCGUCCGAUGCCAGCGAUCCGCUGGCUGAAAAACGGACGUGAAUUCAGAGGAGAGCAUCGCAUCGGUGGGAUUAAGCUAAGGCAUCAGCACUGGAGCCUGGUGAUGGAGAGCGUUGUGCCCUCCGACAGAGGGAACUACACCUGCCUGGUGGUGAACAGAUAUGGAUCCAUUACUCACAGCUAUGUUCUGGAUGUUUUGGAGCGCUCCCCCCACAGGCCCAUCCUGCAGGCUGGGCUGCCGGCCAACACCACAGCCGUGGUCGGCAACGACGUUCAGUUCCACUGCAAGGUUUACAGCGACGCCCAGCCUCACAUUCAGUGGCUCAAACACGUUGAAAGGAACGGCAGCCGCUACGGUCCUGAUGGGACUCCCUACGUUCAGGUCCUCAAGACUGGCAGUCUGAACAUGUCUGAGGUCGAGGUGCUCUACCUGUCUAAAGUUACCCUGGAGGAUGCAGGAGAAUACACCUGCCUGGCCGGCAAUUCAAUCGGCUUUGCCUACCAGUCGGCCUGGCUCACCGUGCUGUCAGAAGAAGAAGCAGCCGAGUCCAUGGAGACCCUGGAGACCAAGUACACCGACAUCAUCAUCUACGCCUGUGGCUUCGUGGCUCUGAUCAUGGCCGCCAUCAUUGUGGUGUUGUGCCGGAUGCAGGUUCACCCACGCAGGGAGCCUUUCGACGCACUUCCUGUCCAGAAGCUCUCCAAGUUCCCUCUGCGCAGACAGUAUUCAGUGGAGUCCAACUCGUCUGGAAAGUCCAGUGCAUCUCUGAUGAGGGUGGCUAGACUCUCGUCCGGCUGUUCGCCGAUGCUAGCUGGCGUUAUGGAGUUUGAGCUGCCGUACGAUCCAGACUGGGAGUUCCCAAGGGAGAACUUGACACUGGGAAAGCCUCUGGGAGAGGGCUGCUUUGGUCAGGUGGUCAGAGCCGAAGCUUUCGGCAUCAACAAGGACUUCCUGGAUCAGGCCACCACUGUUGCAGUCAAGAUGCUCAAAGAUGACGCCACAGACAAAGACCUUGCAGACCUCAUUUCAGAGAUGGAGCUGAUGAAAGUAAUGGACAAACACAAGAACAUCAUCAACCUCCUGGGGGUCUGCACGCAGGACGGGCCCCUGUACGUGCUGGUGGAGUACGCCUCCAAAGGCAGUUUGAGGGAGUACCUGCGGGCCAGGCGGCCUCCAGGCAUGGAUUACACCUUUGAUGUGACUAAAGUGCCUGAGGAGCAGCUCACCUUCAAAGACCUGCUGUCCUGUGCCUACCAGGUGGCCCGAGGGAUGGAGUACCUGGCCUCCAAACGGUGCAUCCACAGGGACUUGGCCGCCAGGAACGUCCUGGUGACGGGAGACAACGUGAUGAAGAUCGCAGACUUCGGCCUGGCCAGGGGUGUCCACCACAUCGACUACUACAAGAAAACCACCAACGGCCGGCUGCCGGUGAAGUGGAUGGCACCAGAAGCUUUGUUUGACAGAGUCUACACCCACCAAAGCGACGUAUGGUCGUUUGGCGUCCUGAUGUGGGAGAUUUUCACGCUGGGUGGUUCUCCGUACCCCGGCAUCCCGGUGGAGGAGCUCUUCAAGCUGCUGAAGGAGGGACACCGCAUGGACAAGCCGUCCAACUGCACACACGAACUCUACAUGCUGAUGCGUGAAUGCUGGCACGCUGUUCCCACCCAGAGGCCGACGUUCAAGCAGCUGGUGGAGGAGCUGGACAAAGCGCUGCUCUCCAUCUCUGACGAGUACUUGGACCUGUCCACGCCGUUCGAACAGUACUCGCCGUCCUGUGAGGACACUUCCAGCUCCUGCUCCUCCGACAACGACUCGGUUUUUACGCACGACGCCCUGUCCACCGACCCCUGUCUCCUGGCCUACCAGGACGUCCGCUCUCGGAUCGACCCCAAAGCGGCUCUCCGAUAGACUCUGCUUCCCGCUGGCGCCUCACCGAAGGUGGAAGCUGCAUUUCCCAACUUAAAGGUUUAAUUCUCAUUGGACUUUUCAUGGGAGGUCUUAGAUAGACGUAGGCAUUUAUACCCACAGAGAGCACUAAGGCCAGCUGAGGAAACGCAUGUAGCGUUCAGGAGAACAAGCUGAACUCUGAAACCGGCUGCUGGCGGAGAAACAAGGCGGCGCUGCAGGAAAGACGCUGGAACUCAAAGUCAUUAGCUGGACGGACAGAGACCUGCAAACCUGAAGACGGUUUAAAGAAAAAUGAUUAUUUUGCUAUGAUAAAAAGUUAAGAAAUUGAUUGUUGAUAUAAAUUGCUCUAUAUAAUAAUAUUUUACGUUUAUAUUGCUUAUUUAAAAAGGAAGAAGUCUUAAAUCUCAGGAUCUCUCACUGCUGUAGUGGCAGCAAAGUGCCUGAACUGAUGAUUUCCUGUGAAUAUAUUAGAAUAAUAAAAUAUUUUAUGUACAUAUCAGUGACAGAAAACAGCCGCCUUUCACAAAUUAUUCUGAAUGACAGAAAAAUGACAUUAUUGUUGGGAAAAUGAGAGAAAAUGUUGACCUCAAAGUGCUAAAUGUAGCCAAAGUUAUUUAGAAGUUGAGAAAGAAAAAAAGCUGGAGAUGAUUUGAGAGUUUUACUUGAGAACUCUUGAAAUUAAAUCUUUAAUUUUUAUUUUACCUGCAGCUCAAAGAAAAUGGAAACAUAAAAACAGUUGAGGUUUUGAGUCUUUUUGGAUUUGAGAUUCAGUUUAAGCAGUUACUAUCUUACAUGUAGCAUAUAACACUAGGAAACUUAAUUUAGCUUUAAUCCAGAUUAGCUCACCUGAGGCUAAAGCUAACAGCUGACAUGAGAAGGGCAGAAAUAGACUGGAGUGAGUCAAAACAACUCAUUUUGUGAAGAUAACGUCUCGUAUCCCAGGAAAAAACAGGAUGAUUGAAGUGGAGAAUGUAGGUUGGAGGCGGUGCGCCAUGACUGAUCUUCCCCCGUGAAACAGUGACACCCAUAAAUAAAUACUCAUUCCUUUAGUUUGCAUUUUUAAUUUUGUUUAAGGCAACAACGUUCUGCUGCAAGAAGAAAGAAAAUUAAAAUAAAAUACUUCUGACACUUCAAAUGCAGUGCUCAUAAAUUUUAGCAGCACUGGAAUCCCGUACACCCGUUAGUACAAGCAGUGGCAGCAGUCAGUCGAAAUCAAUCAAGUUUUCCACUUUUCUGAUUGUCUGACUGAUAAAAGCAUAAAUUGUUAUGAGAAACUAAAACAUUCCUGUGGUUGCAGUGGACUGUGUUUUAUACAUGUUUACUCUGUUCAAGUUUUGCACUAGACAAUCACUCUGACAGGAAAUGCUUCAUUCUCAGUUUGUUUCACACAGGAAGACCAAUGGUGGCGGAAACGCCUCCAGUGCAAAUAAUGAUAAGCUACUUUCCUGCAAACAUGAAGGAUUUAAAGAUAUUUACUUGUUUUGUUUUGAGACGUCAGCUGUCUCCAUCCAUGUUUCACAAAGGAUGAUUAUUGCUGGUGCACCACCUUCAUCCUUCAUUUUCUGUUAAUUUUCAAUUUCUUUGUAAACAAAAGUCCACUGUGACAAAAACACUAAAUCUUACCAAGUAGUUUUGUACAGUGUCUAGCUCAAAUAUCAUCGUUCACUUUAAAUAAGUCAAAACUAACUUACAAGUUACUUCUCAGCAAGAUAUAGAAGCUUGUUUCAAAUAAAUAUUUCCUUAAUAUUGAUUAAAAAGUUUAGUUUUUAAUUGUGGAAAACAUGAAAUAAUCUGCCAGUGGAAACAGAAUUAGUUUGUUUCGUUGUUUUAAUUCCUUAAUUCUGCUUUAAAAACCCCACCACUUCCACUGACAGAUUAUUUCACAAUCUAUGUGCGCUGCACUGUUACCUAGCAACCCCAGCUCAGCCAGUCCGUUACCUAGCAACCCAGUUCUAGUUCCACUGGCAAAUUACUUCCCUUAUGACGAGAUAUUUCUCACAUUAUUAGAGAAACAUGAAUAAUGGCCAGUGGGACUAGAAUUCAGCCACUACAUGAUGCUAAAAUGUGACUUGUAUGUUAGCUAGUCCAUAUUUUAAGUGAAGUGAGACGUCGGCACUAGAAACCAGAGCAGAUCCUGGGUCAGAUUUGGUGUUUUCCCAGUGAAGGAGGAUGAACAGUUAACGGUGUGGGGCUCUGUGGGAUCUGGCCCAAACCCACUGUCAUGGCUGAUGGGGGGCUGUGUGAUUGAUUUCAAAUAGAGGAGGGGGGGGUGGGGGGGGGCUCCAUUGUGUGACUGUAACCCUUCACCUGGUCCAAUCUGGUUCUGAGGGCCGGCCGGGCCCACAGCCGGGCCCACAGCCGGGCCCACAGCCGGGCCGGACAAUGGGGGCUUUGCCGGCUUAAUGGGUGUGACCAGAGACUGAGCAGCUCUUUGCGUCGCUGGAGCUGCUGUGUAAAUGAAGAGGCUCUUAUUAUGCUAAUGUCUCCUUCAAAAGCCUCCUGUCUCUUUAAAUUACAAAUCUUAAUUCGAAGCAGCUGUAGACAUUUCUCCUGAGUCUGAAAAACAAACAGCAGAAAAUAAAAAUGGAAACUUUGAUCCUCCCUCUUUCCACCAUUUUGUUUGUUAGGAUUCAACUAUUUCUGGUAUAUUGUCUGUUUUUAUCGACAUUUCUCUCAUAUUGCCAUUUAAAUUCACCUGCAUUUUUACAUUCCUGUAAACUCUAAAGUACCAAAUUUCUCCUCAAAGUCAGAGAAUUAUUUUAGAAAUAUCUAAUUUAUUUGUCUAUUGUUUUGUUUUUAUAUGAAAUAAAGUAUAAUUUAAAAUAAAGCUGCUCUAUCUUUC